GACCUGCAUGACCCAAUUAUUUUGUGUAAUGUAACCCUCAACCUACAACAACAACAAUAGCUGCAGAGAACUUUCGCUUAUUUUACUUAGAAAGUCACCAAUUAUUCCUAAAAAAAUGACUUUAUAUUCAUUAUAUUAAUAUAUGCGUAAUUUCAGUUAGAUGUUCCACAAAAAUGGUUGAUGUUCUGAGCAAACUCUCCGUUGUCAGCGUUAUAUGGAUUAUAGCAGCUGGCUUUCUGAUCUUUCUCCUGCUUUUCCUGUUUGCAAAGCGCCAAAUAAUGAGAUUCACUUUAAAAUCCCGCAGGGGCCCUUACGUCUCGAUAGGCUCAAAUGUUCCAAAGGAACUUCGCACCGAGAUAUUUAGACGCAUCAACAGAGUACCAGAUAUAAAACAUGAGCCAAAAUUGGUUAAUCCUGCUAUCGAAGCUUUAGCAAAAUCAGGAGACAACAAUUUCUAUUAUAGAAUGAAGGCCAUGGAUGCUUUCUCAAGAUUCGACGAUUGUUUACGUCUUGAGAUGUCGAAUGCCUGUCGUCACCCCAGUCAGAGUGUGCGAGACUACCUGACCUUGAUCUACCCCAUGUAUCUUACCACGGCACCCUCUCACCUCGUGAACAACUUCAUCAACAUGUACGAACAUGCUCGACACAGGCCUGAGAUGUUUGGAGAGGAUCAGUUCAACCAGUACGAAUCGGCCUUAAAUGAAAUAGUCAACCACUUGGAGCGAGGAAUCCAUCUGAGGAAAGAGGAAGGCCGUGAGGAUGCCAGUGCUUUUCCACUAGCAGACACGGACGUAAAAAUAAAAUCUCGAGGUAUGGGCAAGUCCAAGACCUCCAUUCCGUAUAACCACAUGGUGUCAGACAAAAGCAUGAGUCGCGGGCAGACACGCUACCGGACACGGGCUAAUAGUAGCGAGCAGGCUGGACUGUUGGAGAGCGCACCCUCUAGUCAGCGCAGCAGCAUCGAAGGGCUCGUCACAGCGCGAGACAGCUCCGAGGAGAAUAUUCGCCUCGUUGAAGUAAACAUGAACACCAUGCCAGAAUUGUGAUCAACUCGGGCAAAGUUGUUCAACUCGGGCAAAUUUGUCCAACUCGAGCAAAUUUGUUCAACUCGGGCUAAUUUGUUAGGAAAGAUAUUUGUUGAUAUAAAUCGUUAAUGAUAACUGUGUUUUUAUUUUCUAUGGCUUAUCAUUUGAUAGUUUUUGGUGAUGUAAAGUUGAAAAUAAUUACAGGUAUAAUAUUAAUAACAUGCUUUUGUAUGUCAUAUGAACAACAGUGUCCAUUUGACAAUGUCCCAAAUAAGCACAAAUUAUAGACCAUUUCUGCAGUAUUUAACUUAAAUUGCCUGUAAAGUAAUUUAACUUGUGCUUUUACUUUUAUACAACCGGGUCGUGGUGAUAUUUUGAAAUCCAGCAGGACUUUCAGUCUUCCUUGCGGGAACGCUGCAGUUGUGGACGAUUAAUAUGAAUAAGUUCUUGUGCAAUAUAUGUACAUAUCUGUUUAUUUUAAUGUACUUGUAUGUGAAUACAUAGAUCUAAAAAUAAAUUGUCCUCUUUAUCAUACUGUAGUAUGCAGCAGGAAAAAAAGA